ACUUUAAGCUGUUUGAUCAACUCAGAAAAAUAUUAAUAAGCAUAAUUCACACCAAAGCUCUAAUCUCUAAUCCUUUCUUCAAUCACCAAUUCACAGCUCAGAACCCACUCUUUUUGAAACAAUGUCGAUCAUCCCAAGCUUCUUCGGAGGUCGAAAAACAAAUGUGUUUGAUCCAUUUUCGCUAGACAAUUGGGAUCCUUUUGAUGGCAUUUUCAGCUCGGUUCUUGCCAAUAAUUCACCUUCCUCGGUAGCUCGUGAGGCGUCCCAAUUCGCAGCCACAAGGGUUGAUUGGAAGGAGACGCCAGAAGCGCAUAUUUUCAAAGUAGAUCUUCCCGGGCUGAAGAAGGAAGAAGUGAAAGUCGAGGUGGAGGAAGGCAGGAUUUUGCAGAUAAGUGGAGAAAGAAGCAAGGAACAAGAGGAGAAGAACGACAAAUGGCAUCGUCUUGAGAGGAGCAGUGGCAAGUUUCUACGUCGUUUUAGGCUACCCGAACAUACAAAGAUGGAUGAAGUUAAGGCUAACUUGGAGAAUGGAGUGUUAACUGUAACAAUUCCAAAGGUAGAACAGAAGAAACCUGAGGUCAAGACCAUUGACAUCUCUUCUGCUUGAAAUGCUGAUGCUGAAAAUCAAUCCCAAAAGAGUGUAAUAUAUAUGUUGUGAUUUACUUUGUGUAUUGACAUAAUAUAAUAAUCAAGUGUUUUUGUUUAUGUAAUCUGUUUGUGAGUACAUGUAAAUGGUGCUAUUUAUUUGCAAUUAAAAGUUGUGUGUUUUUUUGCAAGUUGCUCUUGUUUUUCUUUUCUUCUUGUACUAUUUUGAUACAAUAUAGUUUGCUUAUUUUGCUA